AUGGCGAUGAACAUUUUACGGGUCUCCCUACGACCCAACAUCAGGAAUGCUGCGUUGUUGGGUCGUAACAAUACAUCGAAAACAUCAUAUCUAAACAGGACGACGCAAACUAGAAAUGCGGUUUCUUCGUCGUCAGGAGCAAUCCUACCGAAACCUGAUAAAACACCCUUUGGUCUCAUCCGCAUGACUGCAGUGGUUGUGCCAUUCCUAUAUGUGGGAACUCUGAUCAGCAAGAACUUUGCCGCUCUCUUGGAGGAGCACGAUAUCUUCGUCCCUGAGGAUGACGACGACGAUGACUGA